AUGUUGAAAGCUGCCAACUUGAGAAUCAGGCGUCUUGAAUCCCUUGGCGAGACACACCAUUUACAUCGAACACCAGAAGGAGCUUCCGUCGUCAAAAGAAUGCGCUUGCUGGAUGUGUCUAGUCUUCAGAUACAGUCUGGCUUCGACGAUGCAGCCGCCGGCCUGACCGACGAGGCCAAGGUGCAGCGCGAGCUUUGGGGUAUGACCUCUUCGGAGGAGUCGUAUCAGAUCCCUCCCUAUGCGAUCCUAUCACAUCGCUGGGUAGGCCGCGAGGUAGUUUUUGGUGACUUCGAUACGAUCCCUAAGGAUCAGCUUCGGAAUGUGGCCAAGGCAAACCCAGUCCCAAAGACUACUGGGGCUGUUGAGGAUGUCGGUGAUGGCAUUGAGGCAUCUAUCUACAAGAUUGCCGGAGCGUGCGAGAAGGUGCGGCAGGGUACCACUGGAGUUCGCCAUAUAUGGAUCGACACCGUUUGCAUCUACAAAAAUGACAUCACGGAACUUUCGUCGGCUCUCAACUCUAUGUUCAACUGGUAUCACGCUGCCGCUGUGUGCUACGUCUACCUGUUCGACGUGACGUGGAACGAGGCAGACGAUCCGGAUGGAAGCCACGAGCAAUUCGUUGGCAGCAAGUGGUUCACGAGGGGUUGGACGCUGCAAGAGCUUCUUGCACCCAAGGACAUCGAGUUCUACGAUCGGGACUGGCAAUAUAUCGGCUCGAAACAGAGUUUGGUGGACGAGAUUGUACAGGCGACGCGCAUUGCGAGGGAGCAUCUGCUGGGGGAUUUCCGCACAGCCAGCAUCGCGCAGAAGAUGAGCUGGCUAUCGGACCGAGUCACGACCAAGAUCGAGGAUCGCGCGUACUGCAUGCUCGGUCUCUUCGGUGUCUUCCUCGACCCACGUUAUGGCCGAGGUGGGGACGAGUUUCUCCGCCUGCAACUGCAGAUAUUUAUCGAGACGCCACCAGGAGCCAUAUUCGACGAGUCGAUGUUCGCUUGGAAGGCGGAUCUGAUAGAGACCAGCGGCCUCCUUGCCCCGGCGCCCAGCUGCUUCCGUGAAUCAGGUCAAGUCCUGUUUGAGCCGCGCCUCGCCAAGUCUCAGCGUACAGAAACUCAGAUGCAGGGCGGCAUGGUGAUAGACCAAGCUAUGGGCGUCGAUUUCCACAUACCGUGGGCUGGGAGAAAACUUCGCCGGCUGGUAGCCUUUCUCGCCGCCCAUUUGCUCACUUGCGGCAUCGCCGGAAUGAUAGGACUUCUUAUAAAUCUAACAGUUCGUAACACUAGUAGCAAGCCGAAUCAUCUGAUGAAUUUGAACUGCUGGGUCCGGGGGCCCGACCAGAAGCUACGAAAUGUGCGCAUCAAGGUGGUCCAGGACGAGGACAAGUUUUGGCGGCGCAUCGAAUGCAAUGAAAUGUUCGAGUCCGAUAAUAACGAUCUGUUCUCACAAGCGGACGCCCAUGGAAGCCAAGAUGGAGGCCGUGUCUCGGGGUACUUUCCACACCGGAUAAUGUACAAGGUGCGAGUCCUCAUCGUGUGA